AUGGUCAAGGCAGAUGUGAAACGGGACUAUUAUGCGGAUCUGGAUCUGCCCUCCACCGCUGAUGCCGAGGAGAUUAAGAAGCGGUUCAGAUAUCUGGCGAAACAACUCCAUCCUGACAGGAACCCCGGCCAUGAAGUGGAGGUCGUUCCCAAGUUCCAGGCCGUUCAGGCUGCCCAUGAAAUCCUGAGUGACCCUGUCGAGAAAGCGAAAUACGAUGCUGCUCGAGCAAAGAUGGCCGCUCGAAAUGCCGCUGCCGCCGCUACGAACUACACUGACCCUUAUGGAUUCGCGAGACCGACCCCUACCAAGCAGACUGCGACACCACAAUUCCCCUUUCCACCACCUCCCAAAGCGCCCCAGCGGGGAAUGCCGCAACAGGCUUCAAGGGGUGCAGACAAGUUCAACGCUUUUACUCGGAGCGCACCUCAGUCAUGGGAUCGGGCAAGGUUUGACAACGCAAGAGCAGACGCCGCUCGUGGCUUUCCCAACAUGAGGACGACACACACGAACCAAAAGAUGCCCCCUACAGCACCCCGCCAGGCUCCCACGGCACCAAAGCCGUCCCCUACAUCGGAAGUUCCUCAUGUCCCCAAUGUACCCCCAACCACCUUCCCCGGUCUCUCUAGAACUGCAAGCGCGAGAAAGCAAGGUUAUACGCCCGGGACUCAUGGCACAGAUGAUCAACAAGCUCCCCGAUCCGCAUAUGCAUACGUGAGGGGCACUCGCGGGCCACCACCACCAUCUGCCCCUAUGUAUAAUCAAGAUGGAACUCCCCUGCAGUCACCUCCGGUUUCGAGAGCGUGGCCCGGUGCCAGCCCUCUGCGACCGACACGUUCAACCGAUUACGAUAUGAAACAGGAUUUUCAAGAUGGCUCUCGCCCAUCUUCAAGAUAUGCUGGAGCAGGUGGCGAAAGAACCGACAUUCAUGGAGACACCAUGCACCACAGAUCGUCGAGCGUUCGGAAUUCCCCAAUCGACCGUCAUUGGGACGCACCUGGACCUUUCGGCAAGCCAGCCUCCAACUUUGAACAUGUUCCUCGACAUCGUAGUGCGAGUCCGGGCAUGAGAAGCGCAGGGAGACAUGCCGAGUUUUCUUCUGACACAUCGUCUGACGAAGACGAGGCCUAUAAUGUGAACACGAGACCAAAGGCAACGCCACGGAGCCGACCUAGACCCAGGACCGCCGCGUUUGCCGAUAAUCCAGGCCUUACGGGGUCAUUCCCUAGUACUAACUACACUAGAAUCGUGAACGAUAGCAAACACCAGUUUCCCUCCUCUGAUUCCCGAGAAACACCUAGCAAGCCCUUUGCAAGCGAACCUUUCCCGGCCACCGAGGAGCAUAAGACUAGCGAUACACAUGUCAAUGGUGGACAGGAGGAAGUUUCAGACGGACCCAAGUAUGCACGCUCCCGUACAUUUUCUUACCCCUGGUGGACCCAAGCAGCAAACUGUCCACGUUCUACCGCUCGAGGUCUUUCGUUCAAUGGUCUACCGUCCUGGGCGGUGCCAGCGUCUGUUUUCCCGCGGACGAGCCCGGCUGGUAGAAAGCGGGCGGACCCAUUUGUUACUGCGCAGACCCCUAUACCAAAGCGCGUAUUUCCCCAUAGUGAGGAACAAGCUGACCCGAGUCACAGUCAUGAGCCUCAGCCGCCUUCCAAAUUCUCUGCAGAUGAAUGGCAUGAAAAGCUAAACGUGGACGAUAUCUUCCGGCCAACAGAUUCUCAGAUGCGCAAAUCACCGUCCAAGCUGAAUCGCAACGGCAGCAAACCCGCUACUCGCGGUAGAGGGAUGUCUAGAGGCGUGGAUCAAGAGAGUAGCUCAUCCGCUGAUCGCGCUGAAGAUUCCAAGGCCAAAGCAGCUGCAUUUCAAAAGGGAAAGCUACCUCCAGAUUGGGGUUCAAAUGUGAAACCAACACCGCCUCCAGGGGACACACGUACUGCAAGUGAUCGGACAAGCCACGGCUCACAUUCGACCGACGAUUCGAGAGACCAGUAUGUGGUAGUCGAGGAGGAUAUAAUGGACGUGGAUGAUACGCCUCCUAUGAAGGCUGCCUCGAACCCGACUCGUUCCAGUCCCUUCGAGGCCCAUUCCACCAAGAGACGCUCGUCACCUGAUGGCGGCGUGAAUCUGCGAGAAUUCACACAGCAGGCGCCCUUCGCCCCUACUGCAGCUGGGUUGAAAGGCCUGGACGACCUCGCGGCCCACUUGCCAUUUGAAUCAAAGCCAGAGGACAAAUACGAGAAGGCGCCAACCAGACUGCGAGCUCUCAACUUACCGAAGCCACCAAAGGUGGUGAUUCCGCCCGCUGCAGACCGGCUGGACAAGGCGAACUUCUUGCAGUACGUGGACAAUAUGAACGCAUAUAUGCAAGACUGGAACAAUUUCAAUGCGACAAUGCUCGAUCACUUCAAAGCGCGACACAAUCGAGUUUGUGGCACAAUGUCUCAGAGUUGGGUCAGUAUGCUUUGGGAUGGCCCAGAUGCCGACAAGAUCGAUGAAAACGGUACCCAAAAGGCUGGCUAUUCUGCAUAUCUACAAUGGUUACACGAUGAUGCUCAGUGCCGACAAUGGUGGGAUCAUGCCAACGAGAAGCACUUGCAGUGUAUGGAGGAUUUGGGACGCGUUCGAGAAGUCGCCAGGAGAAAAUUCCGGCCAUCUUGA